UGGUUUGUGGCAGCCUGUGCCUGUAUUGCAGAACGGAAAAAUCUUCUGAGAAAGAUAGUUCCCGAUAUUGAGCAGCAGGAUUGGGGUAAAGGCCGAAAGUAUGCUGGAAUAUUCCAUUUUAAGUUCUGGCAGUGUGGGGAAUGGGUGGAUGUCGUCAUAGACGAUUAUCUCCCCACACGUCAGGGGAGAUUAAUCUACAUGCACUCUAAAUCAAGAAACGAGUUCUGGUCAGCCCUACUAGAGAAAGCCUACGCCAAAUUAUUCGGGGAUUACGAGUCGCUGGUUGCUGGGAAAGCUAAGGACGCAAUGGUUGAUAUGACAGGGGGCGUGGCUGAGGGAAUAGAAAUCAACGACUAUAAUUCUACAGAGGAGAGGAAAAGGCUCUUUAAGAUUCUGCGAAAAUCCAAAGAAGACAAGUCUUUGAUGAGCACAUCCAUUGCCGCGACCAGGGCAGAGAUGGAGGAAACGCUUGCUUGUGGUCUGGUAAAGGGCCACGCCUACAGCAUAACUGACGUCAGAAAAAUAAAGCUGGGAACGGGACUGAAGUCCAUAUUUAGCAGAGAAAAAAUCCAUAUGAUUCGAUGCCGCAACCCAUGGGGCGGUACCGAAUGGAAAGGGGCGUGGAGCGAUGGGUCCCCGGAAUGGAAGAAAGUGAGUGAAAGUGAGAAAAAAGAACUUGGGUUAACAUUUGACGAAAAUGGCGAAUUUUGGAUGUCAUUUGAGGAUUUCUGCCAGUAUUUCACCAGUAUUGAUAUAUGCCACAUUAUCAAUACCUCCCUAUUUUCUCUCUCCAAGACGUGGAAGGAGGGUAAAGCGGAGGGGGAGUGGAAGAGGAACCGAUGUGGAGGCUGUGGAAACAACGGGACGUUUCUAGAAAAUCCACAAUACAUGUUUGAGAUAAAUGAUGCAGACGAAGAACUCUUGGUAUCGCUGGAACAAUACGACAGACGAAGAGAGAAAGACCAGGGAAAAUCAAACUACACAAUUGGCAUUACUAUAAUGAAAGCAGAUCUAAACCGGAAGUACAGAAUGCACGACAGAUUAGAAAGGGUACAUUCCGGACCGUUCUCUAACGCCAGAAACGUGUUCGCUCGUGUUACUCUGCACCCCGGACGUUACAUCAUCAUUCCGUCCACCUUUGAUCCGGGUUGUCUUGGCAAAUACGUUUUAAGGAUGUAUUGCAAUUGUAAUAUCAACCUCAGAGAGUUGUGGCUAGAUGAACCACCCCCUCCCACUCUGUGCGGAAUUCAAACCAACCUAAAGAAGAGAAAAACAUGCGCAACGCAGGUUACCAUGGUGAAGGGGGAGGGGUUUCCGGGAAACGAUAACAAAGGUAACAUUUAUUGUAAAAUCAUGUGUGAGGGUAAAGUAUUCAGGACAAGAGUAUGCAAGAGCUCCUCAAAACCAGAAUGGAAUGACAGGGUAACAUUUUAUAGGAAAAAGCCAGAGGAGGACAUUUCUAUAGAGGUAUGGGACAACAGCAUUAUAAAAGACGAGUUUCUGGGCGAGUGUGUGAUUCCUAUGUCAGAGAGCGCCACGUAUCGAGGAGGAAACACCAUUAGGCGGUAUGACCUGAAUUCCCGACAGAAUGGUAAUGGAACCGAGAAAAAAGCGGGAUACAUUUGGCUCAAGAUUCUUCACACGAACGAAAUGGACAGGGUUUGAAAAAAAAAUGUUGUUUGGGGGGGGGG